UGCUUCCACAUCCUUCUUUUUCACAAAACAACAACCGUUAAAUUGUUCAACGAUGGAAGAGUAAGGAGAAACCUCAUUCAUUGUUCUGCCAAAACUCAAAGGGUAAGCCUUGCUGUAACUCAAUUCCUUUCAGUCAUUAGCCUCACCUGCAUUAACACAAAGUCUUGAGUAUUUCAGAUUUUCCCAGUUCAUUUAAAACCACUGCAGCAGAGCAGCCUAUUUUCAAGUGGAUAGCUAUUGAACCACACAAACACAAAAACGUGAGAUAAAUCUUCAUAUCAUAUUCAUAGCUUUACCUCUUCCACGUUAACGAUGAAUUCAAUCAAACCACACUCCCUACGCUGCCAAUUAACUCCACCGGUAAAAUCUCGCAUUUUCACGGACAAUAAUCGGAUAAACAUCUUCGCCGGCCGGGGAAGGAGGCUGGCGUUGAAAGCCAGCGGCGAUGGGGCAGAGAAAAAAACCGAAAGGCGGAGUUUCCUGACACUGGAAGAAGCCGGUUUGGUCGAGAUUUCCGGCCUCAGCUCGCACGAGCGCUUUCUAUGUCGACUAACGAUAUCAUCGUUGAAUCUGCUUCGAGUGAUAUCGGAGCAGGAAGGGUGCAAAAUAGAGGAGCUGAACGCGGGGAGGGUAUGCGAUUGGUUCCUCAAAGAUAAGCUCAAAAGAGAGCAAAAUUUGGAUGCAGUUCUGCAAUGGGAUGAUUCUGAAUUAAUGUUAUGAUUAUUCACUAUUAAUCUUGUAUACAUUUCAUCAUCUCCUCCUUCAUUCUUCUUCGUCAUCAUGUUUUAAUCAUGAUGUUAUUAUUUGUUUUGGAUGCCA